GAGACGCUUCACUUGGUUCUACCAUCCUUAGUGUCAACAUGACACAGACCUCAAGACCUCCCAGCCCUCCCAGACUCAAGACUACUGGAUUGCCUGACGAUCAACCUGAGGACGAUCAUGAUGUAUUCAUGUCAGAACAGCCUGCCACCUUUCUAUCUGGGCACCCAAUACUGCCAGAAGAUAUGGAUAUCAGAGAUCUUAUGCCAUCUCAGCUAUAUGAAAUGAAUCAGAACCUUCUCAAUGAAAGUGUGCCACAAAAACCUCUCAUAGACGAGCUCGCUUCCAUGUCAGUAUUGCGUGAAGAAUACGAACAUGGAUCUGCUUCAUUCCUCAGGCAAAUAGACUACUUAACAAAGGACGGGUAUGACUGUGUUAGACGCACACGAGGCGACGGUGACUGUUUCUACAGAUCGGUUGCAUAUGCUUUCGUUGAGAGACUUCUGUACUCGCCCGAUCCAACCAUGGCCGUAGGAAGUGCUCUCUCGCAGAUAGAGUCGACUCUGCCCAUGCUAACAGGGGCGCGAUUCGAUCCAUUUGUUUACGAAGACUUCAUGGAGUGUUUCACGACGCUCAUUCAGAGUAUCGUCGUCCCUGAUAGAGAAGGCCUAACUCUGACGCCACAGUCACUCCUCGAUGCUUUCCAGCAGCCGGAAUCGUCAAACUCGAUCGUUGUGUAUCUCAGACUCCUUACCUCUGCACAGAUUCGUGCUGAUCCUGAUGCCUAUGCUGGAUUCUUGCACGAUCCGGAUAAUUAUAUGGAACUACAGCUGGAGACGUUCUGCCAACAUUAUGUCGAGGCUGUUGGUAAAGAAGCCGAUCAUGUCCAAAUUGCGGCCCUUUCUCGUGCCCUCAAGAUCAACGUGAAAAUAGCAUACCUAGAUGGCCGCGAUCCACAGGAGGUAGGAAAGGUCGAUUUUCACGAAUUUAUAUUCGCAGAUGAUACUACCAGUAGUUCGCUGGUACUGCUUUACCGCCCGGGCCAUUAUGAUGUUUUAGGAAGAUCAAGCUCAAGAAUCUGAUUCUCAACACAUGCUACAUCCUCACCAGAACCCUCUAAGCUUCGGAUGAUUGCUCUAGGCAGUUGAGAUAUUUCGUUGAUCCACCAAUAAGUUUGUAUAGCACUAAAGUUUGUUGUACGUUCCUUGUAUAUCCUCUGUAAACAAAUAUGCUGUCGUAAUCCUUAUUGAAA